GCACUGAAGCGAAAUCCCCACGCCCCCGUGGUGCCAUGCCACCGCAUCGUGCGAGCCGACCGCUCACUGGGCGGCUACUUCGGGGCGACAGCUUUGGAAGACGCACACAUGAAGACCAAGGUGCGUCUGCUUGAGGAGGAGGGUGUUCUCCUGGAGCGCAAACGCGAUGCGCUCUUCGUGAAAGCCGAGUGCUUCUGGCACUUCCCAGCGAGUGUCGACUUGGAGGCGAUCCCGCUUCCUCAGAACAGCCCGGUCGAAUCCAUGCCCAAGGUCAGUUUGUACCCUGCGAAGCGGCGCCGCGCUGGUGAUGGAGACUCGCAUGGAUGA